UCCGGACAGACCUGUUGUUACGACGACUACAGCGAGCUUUUACAGACCGCUGACACUAUGUAUGGCGGCAGACCCUCCCGGGCCUAUAUUUAUGGCAAACAUCCCUUUAAGAUGCGCAUGAUGAUCCCGGCGCUGUCCGAAUGGCUUCACGACACAAUGCCGUUCUUCUUCUGCUGCAAAUGGCAGGCCAAGGAGGACAACGCGCACACGUGUCAGAUGUAUAACUACUGGCGCACAUCGCAAGACUGCUCCUCAUACCAGGCACCGGCCAUCGGCUCCGUGUACGGCGACCCACACUUCGUAACCUUUGACCGAUACAACUACACGAUGAACGCUAAAGGGGAGUACACUCUGGUGCACGUGGACAACGCCAUUCACAAACUAGACGUCCAGGCCCGUUUUGAGCAGGUGCCCCGUAAUAGGCGGACUGACCCCCCGCUCAACGCCACCGCACUGAUGGCAGUGGCCGCGCGCGACAAUAUCUCCUCUAUAGUGGAGUUCCGGUUGAGACCGGUAGCCGCCCGUUGGCGGUACCAAAUGUAUGUCAUUGUGGACAAGGAGUACGUGUUCUGGUGGGACGAGUCCAUGAGAUUGCAGAACUUCAAGGGCGUGACCCUCUACCAGCCCGCGGGUAUACAGAAUAUGUCGCACGUGAUCGCUAUGUUUGACUCCGGGGCCGGUGUGGAGGUGAUGACCGAUGGCGGACACCUCACUGUCCACGUGUAUAUGCCCUAUACGUUCCUGAACGGGACGGGAGGGCUGUUAGGUUUAUAUUCGCGUGACUUCCGGGACGACUUUACGCUGCCUAAUGGGCAACAGAUAUCACUGCAGAGCACUCAGGAGGACAUCCAUAUGCGGUUCGGGAAGGCGUGG